AUGCUCGAGCUCGGCAUCAUCCGACAGUCCGACAGCUGCUGGGCAUCACCCCUCCAUCUUGUCCCCAAGAAGAAUGGCGACUGGCGACCGUGUGGUGACUAUCGGGCGUUGAACUCUGUGACUGUCCCCGAUCAGUAUCCCGUCCCGCACAUCCAAGACUUCACCCUUUCGCUACAUGGUAAGCGAAUAUUCUCUAAGAUCGACCUUGUGCGUGCCUACCACGAAAUCUCGAUCGAGGCCAGCGAUGUUCCGAAGACUGCAGUGACCACUCCCUUUGGGUUAUUCGAAUUUACUCGUAUGCCCUUUGGUCUGAGGAACGCCACUCAAACCUUUCAGCGAUUCAUUGAUCAGGUUCUGCGAGGUCUCGACUUCGUCUACGCCUACAUUGAUGAUUUGCUAGUGGCUAGUUCUGACGCUGCUGAACACGAGAUUCAUCUUCGACAACUCUUCGAACGGCUCGACUCCUACGGCGUUAUGAUCAAUGCCGCCAAAUGUGAGUUUGGAGUCCCCAGUCUUAUCUUCCUUGGUCACGAAGUGAACUCAGAUGGGAUAAAGCCCGUCACGGACAAAGUUUCGGCCAUAUCAACGUUCCCCGUCCCGACAACCAUCGGCCAACUACGCCGAUUCUUGGGGAUGGUGAACUACUAUCACCGUUUUCUUCCCCAUGGUGCCACCAUACUGCAGCCUCUCAACAGCUUGCUGACCCACUCCAAGAAGACACUAGUGAUGACCGAGGAGGCCGUCAGGUCCUUCAAUGACGUCAAGGCCGCACUUGCGGACGCAACAUUGCUUGCCCAUCCUCGCUCAGAUGCCCAACUAACCCUCAUGACAGAUGCUUCCAGCACUGCCGUUGGUGCAUCACUGCAGCAAACUGUUAGUGGUGUUCUACAACCUUUGGCUUUCUUCUCGAAGAAGCUCAGUCCAGCAGAGACCCGCUACAGUGUCUUCGGCCGCGAACUCCUUGCCGUCUAUCUAUCCAUCCGGCACUUCCGCCAUUUCCUCGAGGGUCGUGAAUUUGUUGUUCUAACAGAUCACAAGCCACUCGUUUUUGCACUGAGGGCCUCUCCCGAUCGCUACUCGCCCCGUGAAAUCUGUCAUCCUGACUUCAUCUCACAGUUUUCCUGCGACAACCAACAUGUCCACGGUAAGGAAAAUGUGGUUGCUGAUGCUCUUUCAAGACUCGAGAUGGCCUCCAUCACAACAGACGCCAUAGACUUCACGCUCAUGGCUGAGGCUCAGCGAUCGGAUGACGAGCUCUCCCAAUACCGCCACGAGGACUCUUCCUUACGCCUUCAAGAUGUCCCCCUUCCCACUGGCACCGGCACCAUCACGUGUGACCUUUCUACCGGACACGAACGUCCUUUUGUUCCAGCAACUUUACGACGACGAGUGUUCAACGCUCUUCACAAUCUAUCCCACUCUGGAGUCCGGGCGACAGUGAAACUCAUCACUGACCGAUUCGUCUGGCCUAACAUCAACCGGGAUGUACGGCGUUGGACCCGCUCCUGUCUACCAUGUCAACGAGCCAAAACGCAUCGGCAUACCAUUACUCCGCCAGGAACUUUCGCCACCCCUGAUGCACGCUUCAGUCAUGUGCAUAUUGACCUGGUAGGUCCGCUGCCACCAUCUAACGGUUCUACCUAUAUGCUGACAUGUAUUGAUCGCUUUACUCGGUGGCCGGUUGCUGCGCCCAUUCCGGAUAUCAGUGCUGAAACCGUUGCGAAAGCUUUCUUGACUCAUUGGGUGUCCAAUUUUGGAGUUCCUUCGACUGUCACCACUGACCGCGGAUCCCAAUUCGAGUCCACGCUGUUUCGCGAACUCACAUCCCUUCUCGGUACCAACCGAAUCCGAACAACAGCGUACCACCCUCAAGCAAAUGGUCUCGUCGAACGCUUUCAUCGACAGCUGAAGACUUCCCUUAUGGCCCAGCCCGAUCCUUCCCGAUGGUCUGAUCACCUCCCCCUGGUGCUGUUGUCCCUCCGUUCCACUCUCAAGGCCGACAUCGGUUGCACCGCAUCUGAUCUUGUCUACGGAACCUCCCUACGACUGCCCGGUGAGUUAGUUUCUCCUUCAAACACGCUAAUGUUUUUUGAACCUUGCAGUUAUGUGGAGCGACUACGUAGUGCCAUGCGCAAUCUCCGCGCAACACCCCCUCGGGCGUCACCGGCCAAUUCCUUCAUCCCACCCGAUCUGGAUAAGUGCGGUUUCGUCUGGGUUCGGCAUGACGCUGUCCGACGACCACUCCAACCACCCUAUGACGGGCCGUAUAAAGUCCUUCGUCGAUCUGACAAAGAUGUUGUCAUCGACCGCAACGGCAAGACCGACACAGUCAGCAUUGAUCGCGUCAAGCCGGCCUACAUCGACGACAGUGGCCAUCCCUCACCCCAACACUGUACCCCGCCUCAGACACAGCGGCCUCCUCCACCUACUGGCGACAGCCCCCCUCCGGUUCGCCACACACGAUCUGGUCGCCACGUCCACUGGCCCGACCGGUUUGUGGCUGGCUAG